AUGCCGGGUCCCGUGGGCGGCAGUGGGCGCCGCUUUUCGCAGCGCGCCUCCUCGCUGUUAUCGCCGUCCUCGCCGCCGCCGCCCCCACCGCCGCCGGAGAUCUCGGAGCAGCAGAAGCAGCUGCUCACGGACGCCUGGAAGACGCUCGAGGACGACAUCGCCAGCGUGGGUGUCAUCACGUUCAUCAGCUUGUUCGAGACACAUCCAGAUGUGCAACAGGUCUUCAUGCCUUUCAACGGAAUUGCCAUAGAGGAUCUGAAGCACAGCAAGCAACUAAGGGCUCACGCGCUAAGGGUGAUGGCGUUCGUGCAGAAGGCUGUGGCGCGACUGUACGAACCUGAAGAGAAGCUGCUGACACUGCUGCAGGACCUGGGUCGUAAGCACGUCUCUUAUGGCGCCAAACAGGAGUACGUGGAUUUAAUUGGGCCGCAGUUCAUCCAGGCGAUUAAACCGUCGCUGGAAGCUCAGUGGAGUAACGAACUGCAGGGGGCCUGGGAGCGCCUGUUCGAAUACAUCGCGUUCCACAUGAAGGCGGCCAUGGAACGCGAGAAGGCGGAGAAGCGGCGCUGACCUCCGCUGCUGGGCCGCGCGGGAUCCACGCCCUGAUCUCUCCGACGCGGCGCUACCCGCUCUCACACCGUUGCUGAGGACGCAGAGCCAACAGCGAGUCGAAACGUCGAGCGGUGAUUUCUGUGCACCGUGGCACCCCACACGGAGCUUAGUUGUGAGAAAUCAUCUGUGAACCAUGUGACUGUAAAGUGCAAUCUCUCUUAUAUAUCGACUCUUCAGAAGGUGGAGCCAAGCACAAGAGUGCGUGGCUGACCACUGUGGUACUCAAAAAAAUUAUCUUUGUAAAUUUUGAAAACAAGACGUGUCCUCCAAUUCAAACAAGGUUUUUCUACAGACGUUUUCCCUUUUCAUGAAGCAUGGUGAGAACAGUCUGACAACCGCAAGUACCUCGCAGAAUGCUGAGGCAAUGAAUUGAUUAACGUAUGGCCUCCAGCACUUUUAUGAAG